AAUCAUUUAACUAGGACGUGUUGCCCUGCCCUGCCAAAGGAGCGGAGUCGACGGCAGAAAACGCUCUCGUCCCUUCGCUGCUCCAUUUCAUCGCCCUCUCGCCUUCGUCUUCUCUCCCUCUCUCUUCCACUCGCCUCUUCCUCUCUGCCUUUCCACCGCGUGAUCAAUCGAGCAAACCCGUAGGAGCCAUGGCGGACAAGCUCACCGACAACCAGAUCGCAGAGUUCAAGGAGGCAUUCAGCUUGUUCGACAAGGACGGCGACGGCAGCAUCACCACUAAGGAACUUGGGACGGUGAUGCGUUCCUUGGGUCAGAACCCAACUGAGGCUGAAUUGCAAGACAUGAUAAAUGAGGUUGAUGCAGACGGCAACGGUACGAUUGAUUUUCCAGAGUUUCUUAAUUUGAUGGCCCGCAAGAUGAAGGAUACAGAUUCAGAGGAAGAGUUGAAGGAAGCUUUCCGUGUAUUUGACAAGGACCAGAAUGGUUUCAUCUCAGCAGCUGAACUUCGUCAUGUGAUGACCAACCUGGGAGAAAAGCUUACGGACGAGGAGGUCGACGAAAUGAUUCGUGAAGCUGACGUUGACGGAGACGGUCAGAUUAACUAUGAGGAAUUUGUUAAGGUCAUGAUGGCCAAGUGAGGAAAUUUAGUUAUAAAAUGUAUUCCCUAAGCAACCAUUUUUUUUUGAAUUCUGUAGUUGUGAGACUAUAUAUUCUUUUUCCUGCCUCUCGUCGAUGGUUGUUCAACCAAACUGAACUUUUGUUUCUAUAAAGCUGCCUUUACGCGCGCUUUGGUAUUUA